GUAGCUGCAGGAGCUGGAAGUUCAGGGACUUUUUUAUGACGCGGAGCAAAGAGGGACUCCCUGCGCACACCCGGACCGUCAGUCAGUCAGUGAGUCGGUGAGUCCACCACCUCCACCUCGCCGGGCUGCGCAUCCGUCCGUCCACCUGAGUGUCUCUUUAACCUCACCAUGGAUUCGUGGACAGUCACCUCCGCUCUUCUACUCGCUGGGUUUAUUUCCUCCGCAGCCUUGAAUCAUUUCGACACCGAGUGUUACACUGCCAACGGAGAGGACUACAGGGGCCUCCAGAACCAGACCAGCCUGCAUGGUGGUAAACCCUGUCUCUUCUGGAAUGAGACCUUCCAGCACCCGUACAACACCCUCAAAUACCCCAAUGGAGAGGGAGGACUAGGCAGCCACAACUACUGCAGAAAUCCCGACGGGGACGUUCAGCCGUGGUGCUACAUCGCUGACAACGAAGACAGCAUCUACUGGAGAUACUGCGACAUCCCCUCGUGCCAGAGUAAGAAAUCACAGCCGCUCCUUCAUCAUUCUUUCCGUCUGUCUGUCUCUCUCUCUCUCUCUCUCCGUCUGCUCUGCCCUUCCAUGCCCUUGGGGCCAUAUCACAGGAACACGGACGUCAUUUUUAUUGCGAUGCUCGAGUGCUAUGAAUAG